CUAGCUUCAUGAUCCCCCAAAAAAUCACCACGAAAAAACGACAUUUGUACGUAAAAACAUACAAUCCGACAACCCAUGUACCAAGAUGAUGAAAAGAAAGAUAGAAGAAGAAAAAAUGUCAUGGGAAGCUAUAAUUAUUACAAAAUGUUUGGAUGUUUUAACCGAAAAUUUAAAAUUAAUGAUCUGGGUCCACCAGCUGACGUCGUUGAUGUAUUUAAAUUGUAUUGUGGCGGUGAAUUGGAGAUGUCACCUGAUAAAUUUUUACGGUUUUUGAUAGAAUUUCAAGAAGAAGAAGAAUGGGUCAAAAUUGAAGAUGUGGAACGGGCUAUGGAUCGGGUUUUGAAUUCGUCAAAAACCCAUUUGACCCGUUAUGUUUUUAGUGUUAAUGAUUUUUUUCAGUAUUUAUUACUUGAUGACCUCAAUGGGCCCUUAAAAACCCAGGUACACCAUGAUAUGACCGCUCCGUUGCAACAUUAUUUUAUAUAUACUGGUCACAACUCAUACCUUACCGGAAAUCAACUCAGCAGUGAUUGUAGUGAAGUGCCAAUCAUAAAGGCUCUUCAAAGAGGUGUUCGGGCAAUAGAGCUUGAUCUAUGGCCAAGUAGUUCAAAAGAUAGGAUACAUGUACUUCAUGGCAGGACGUUGACAACUCCAGUAACGCUUAAGAAAUGUUUAAAGUCAAUCAAAGAGCAUGCUUUCGUAAAUUCUCCUUAUCCUGUUAUUAUUACUUUAGAGGACCAUCUAACACCAAAUCUUCAAGCCAAGGUUGCAGAGAUGGUUACAAGUAUUUUUGGGGAUAUGUUAUACUUCCCUAAGGCCAGUGACAAAGAGGAAUUCCCUUCGCCAGAUGCAUUAAAACAUCACAUCAUUCUAUCAACAAAACCCCCGAAGGAAUACCUUCAAUCCAAGAAUAAAGAACGUUCGUCACUGGAUAAAGAUUCUUCUGAUGAAGAGUUGGAAGAUCAGCAGAGCCAAAGUGAUCAAGAUGAGGAUAAUGAGAGAUACAGCGCAAGUGAAAUGAAUAUUGCAAGCUCUAGCACAAGUCAACCCCUGUCAGAGAUCCUUGGUGUUGACUAUGAAAAUGCAAAAAUUAAAGAUGAAAAUUUUGGGCAUCAAGCAGCCCCCGAGAGCCAGCAACUUCAUGCCUCUAAACCAAAAAGUGGAACAACAAAGAUGUUAAGAAAUGAAACAGGGAUACCCAACCGUCUUAGUGUGAGCGAAACAACCCUUGAUAGUGAAAGCUUUAGCACCAGUCAACCGCUGUCAGAGAUCCUUGGUGUUGACCAUGAAAAUGCAGAUACUAAAGAUGAAAAUUUUGGGCAUCAAGUAUCCCCCGAGAACCACCAACUUCAUGCCUCUAAACCAAAGAGUGGGACAAGAAAGAUGUCAAGAAACGAAACUGGGAUACCCAAGCGUCUUAGUGUAAGCGAACCAGCCCUUGAUAGUGAAAGCUCUAGCUUAAGUCAACCGCUGUCAGAAAUCCUUCAAGCCUCUAAACCAAAAAAUGGAACAAGAAAAAUGUUAAGAAACGAAACAGGGAUACCCAAACGUUUUAGUGUGAGCGAAUCAACCUUAGAUAGUGAAACCUCUAGCACAAGUCAACCGCUGUCAGAGAUCCUUGGUGUUGACUAUGAAAAUAAUGAUAUUAAAGAUGAAAAACUUGGACUUCAAGAAGCCCCUGAGAACAAGCACCUUCAAGCCUCUAAACCAAAAAAUGGAACAAGAAAAAUGUUAAGAAACGAAUCAGGGAUACCCAAACGUUUUAGUGUGAGCGAAUCAACCUUAGAUAGUGAAACCUCUAGCACAAGUCAACCGCUGUCAGAGAUCCUUGGUGUUGACUAUAAAAAUAAUGAUAUUAAAGAUGAAAGUCUUGGACAAGUAGCCCCUGAGAACAAACACCUUCAAGCCUCUAAACCAAAAAAUGGAACAAAAAAGAUGUUGAGAAAUGAAACAGGGAUACCCAAACGUUUUAGUGUGAGCGAAUCAACCCUUGAAAGUGAAAGCUCUAGCACAAGUCAACCACUGUCAGAAAUCCUUGGUGUUGACUAUGAAGAUGAUGAUAUUGAAGAUGAAAAAUUUGGACAUCAAGCGGCCCCCGAGUACAAACACCUUAUUGCAAUUCAUGCCUCUAAACCAAAAAAUGGUACAAGAAAGGCGUUAAGAGAUGAACCAGGGAAAGCCAAACGUCUUAGUGUGAGCGAACAGGCCCUUGAAAAAGCUUCGAAUCUAUAUGGAGCAGAUAUAGUCAGAUUCACUCAAAAGUAUAUUCUUCGGGUGUUUCCAAAGGGAACGCGUGUUACCUCAACAAACUUUAGACCACUUACUGCAUGGAUGCAUGGUGCUCAAAUGGUUGCCUUCAAUAUGCAGGGGUAUGGGAGAUCACUUUGGAUGAUGCACGGGAUGUUCAAAUCGAAUGGAGGGUGUGGUUAUGUUAGAAAGCCCGAUUUUCUUAUGGACCAGGGUCCCGAUGGAGAAGUUUUUGACCCAAAGGCAAAAUCAUUACCCGUGAAGAAAACUUUGAAGGUUAAAAUAUAUAUGGGAGACGGGUGGCGGCUGGAUUUUAGCCAGACUCACUUUGAUGCAUUUUCGCCACCAGAUUUCUACACAAAGAUUUAUAUGGCUGGAGUGCCAGCUGAUGUAGCCAAGAAGAGAACCAAAGUGAUAGGAGAUGAUUGGACGCCGAUAUGGAAUGAAGAGUUCACAUUCCCAUUAAGAGUCCCUGAGCUAGCUUUACUUGAAAUCGUUGUACAAGAAUACGACGUAGACAGAGAUGACUUUGCUGGUCAAGCAUGUUUGCCCGUAUCAGAAUUGAGACCCGGGAUUCGUGUUGUUCCACUUUAUAACAAAAAAGGAGAGAAAUUUAAACAUGUGAAGCUUCUAAUGAGAUUUCUCUUUGUAUAACCACAAGUCAUGUUUUAGAUCUUGUUAUAUACAUAUAGAGGUUGCAUUCUUGACCUUAUUGACAAAAAUGCAUUUUUUCUAAAAGUUCUGGUCAGUGUAUAUAA